UAUUCAUCCUAUGACGUCUCAUCCCAUUUCUUUACUCAUCCCAAACUAAUAUUCCUUACUGAACCCAUUAAAUUAUUUUAAUAUAUUUUCUUAAUUCAACCCAAAUGCAUUCCGUACUCGUCUCCAAGCAAAUAAUACCAAAAAGGUAUAGAUAGCAAACGAAUACUUAUUUUCUUGCAGAAAAUUAAUAUGUAUCUAUGCCUUCAAUAGAACGACUUUCUAGGAUUAAAAAAAUAAAAAAUGGUAAUGUACAUUUUUGAAUUUUUAGUAAACAAGUCGACGCACAUACCUUUGUCUAUGUGACGUCACUCAUAAACAGUGCGAGUGCGAGAGAGAACAUGAUGUGCGCUGUUUCAUUUGCACACUUUAUUGCACCGUUCGGCCGUCCGUCUGUGCGUUUAGUUUAAAUAGCUUUAAUGGCUUUUACGUUAAAAAGUGAAAGAGAUAGCAAUAGCUACUGUCUUGACCCUUAACCGGUUUUAAUCGUUUUAACGAUGUUGUGGAUCUGUUCUUAUCAGUUUACCACUAACUGGCAUACUGUGUGUCAACGCGUGUUAAAAAUGCACCAGAACCGUGAUAAUGACUUACGUUAUGUAGAAUCGCAACGAGGCCGUAAAUUGUUGUUAUAUAACGGUUUUCAAUUUCAUAAAAAAUACGACAAUAAGGAUGGAAGCGUAAUGUGGCGUUGCACAAAAGCACCAGCUUGCUUUGGUAGUGUGAGAGUGUUAAACGAAGCCGUUCAAAAAGAAAAUCCUCAUAGUUGUGAUCGUAGUGAAAUAACAAAUGUUGUGAAAGAAGCUUUGCACAAUCUCAAGGAUAGAGUGAAGUCAUUACAAGGUGAACCAAUAUCGACAGUGUAUCAAGAAACUUUAUUGUCACUACAUGAACGGGGGCUCAAUUUAGUAACAAACCUCCCAGAAUUUAAAAACAUCAAGACUGGUCUCUACAACGCUCGCAAUAAGAGCCAUGGAGUAAAAAAAACAACUUUUAAAAAUGGCGCUGAAGUAGAAAUUCCCGGUACAUAUCAGGAUUUUUUACUUUUCGACUAUCAAGAAAAUGAAACACGCAUUAUAGGAUUCGCAUCACAGGAAGGGCGGCAAAGAAUGGCAACGAUUCGAGACUUCUAUGCUGAUGGUACGUUUAAAUGCUGUAUUAAACCAUUUUACCAACUUUAUGUUAUACAUGGAGAUUUGAGCAAUGACAGCGAAAAUUCCUAUAUUAUCCCGUUAGUAUAUGUCCUACUUAUGUCAAAAAAGGAAAAAACUUACACUACAAUGUUCCGUUUGAUUAAAGCUCAAAUACCAAAUUGGAAUCCGAAGAAAAUUGUAAUUGAUUUUGAAAAGGCUGUGAUGAAUUCAAUUCAAACGGUACUACCGAAUACAGAGAUCAAAGGUUGUUAUUUCCACUUUUGUCAAGCUCUUGUUAAACGAGCAAAACAACUAAAAGUUACAAAAAACAGAAAUCAGCUCAAACAUCUUGCCCUAUGUUUGGCUUUGCCAUUGUUACCAGAACAUUUGAUUGACGACGCUUAUCUAUACAUUAUGGAGGACUGUCCAAGAGAAAACAAUAUUACUAAAUUUAAUGACUAUUUGGUGAAGACAUGGCUAGAGGGGGGCAAAUUUCCAACACAUAUUUGGAAUGUAUGCGGGCAAAAAAAUAGAACGACCAACGCUCUCGAAAGUUGGCAUGCGACAAUAAAUAGAUUUAUUCCAAACAAAAAAAUAAAUAUGCUGAAAUUGCUACAUGUUUUAAAAAGAGAUGCCCUUCUACAAAACGCGAGCAUGUUACAACGACAAAAUGGUGCAUCGACCUCUUCGUCAGCUAAUGGAAAGGAAAAUGAAGACCGAAUCAACAGGGCUAUUCAAGAAUUAGUUGAUCAAAAAAUAGUGCUGGGUCACUGCCUAGAAAAACUAGCUCCAUUUAUUUAUUUUAAAGUGUAAAUGUAUCGUUCGAAUACAUAAGUCUUGGUUUUAAAAAUGAUAUUCCUAUGAUUAAUCUAGAAAUGGAAGUAAUAAUUUAUAUUUUUUUAUGAUUUGAAGACGUACCUAAAGUUGAUACCUAUCUCAAAACGAUAUUGUACUAGUCUUAAGUUAAUGGUCCCUCUGUAAUCUGUGAUUUCUAUCUAUUUUUUAUUGUACCUAGUUCAUAGUGCCUAAAGUUGAUACCUAUUUUAAAUCGAUAUUAUACUAGUCUUAAGUUAAUGGUCCAUCUGUAAUCUGUGAUUUUUAUCUAUUUUUUUUAUUGUACUUAGUUCAUAGUGCCUAAAGUUGAUACCUAUUUUAAAUCAAUAUUGUACUAGUCUUAAGUUAAUGGUCCUUCUUUAAUCUGUGAUUUUUAUAUACUUUUUUAUGUAGUUGAUAGCAAAAGUUAAAAAGUAUUAAUUUGUUGAUUUUAUAAACACACAACAUAGCUUUAUUUAUUUUAAGUUAAUUCUAAACAAAUUUAUAUCCAAAUGUGUACAAAACGCUUUUGAUCAGACAACCCAGUAAUAACAUAAUAAUGAAAGAAGAUUUAACAUUGUUGAUUGUGAAAUGUUUGCUUAAAAUAUUUUUGUUCAUUAUAGUUGAUUUUAUAAAAAAAAAAACGUUUUUUAGUUAUUUGAAAAGCUAUAAUUAUGUAUGUGAGAACAGAGAACAGAAGAUAGGAGUGAUGAUAUUUUUUUAAAUAUAUGAUUCUAUCAAAUUUCCUGCAGUUUUAUUUAAUAGAACAACAUAAAAGCAAAAGCUUACCUUUUAAAAUAUUUCCAAGAAAUAUAUUUUUGUUCAGACCGUACACACAAAUCUAACGUUUUAUUAGGUAGUUUUACAAUAGGUUGAGCAAGGAAUACGGAUGGGAUAAAUAAAGAUUUUUUUAAUAAUAUUAUUGUUCUGGGUUGAGUAAGGAACAUAAAUAGGUUGAGUAAGGAAAAAAUAAUGAGUAGGAUGAGACGUCAUAGGAUGAA